AUGGCCUCUCUGGACCUGCCUUACCGCUGUCCGCGUUGCGGGGAACACAAGCGUUUCCGGAGCCUGUCGUCACUGCGGGCCCACCUGGAGUACAACCACACUUAUGAGACUCUCUACGUCCUCUCCAAGACUAACAGCAUCUGCGAUGCCACUGUCUUCCCCCUGGCAUCGGACACCACCCUCUUGACGCCAGCCACCCGCAGGGACAUCUUUGAGAGCACGUCCUUCCAAGGCAAGGAGCAGCGCUUCACCUGUGACCUCAUUGCCACCGAUGAGCUGGACCCUUCUUCCUCCCCUGUGUCAUCCCGCUACGUGCACGAGAUCGAGAUCCCGCUGACUGAGAUCUUCACCCGCAAGGCCAUGACUUCAACCACCACGCCUCCAGCCACUGCGGCUGCCGCCGUAGCCGCCGUGGACGCGGCUUAUGAGGAAGGCCUGACCCGCCUCAAGAUCCGGGCUUUUGAGAAGCUGGAAGUGGACAAGCGCCUAGAGAAGCUGACCGAAGAAGUGGAGCAGAAAAUCGCCUCGCAAGUCGGCCGGCUCCAAGUGGAAUUGGACAGGAAGAGCUCGGAGCUGGAGAAGGCCAAGCAAGAGAGCAUCAGGCUCAGCCGGGAGAAGCAGGAGCUGGAGGAGCGAGCCGUGGAACUCUCCCGCCAGGUGGAUGUCAGCGUGGAGAUGUUGGCUUCCCUCAAGCAAGAUCUUGUGCAGAAGGAGCAGGAGCUGACACGGAAGCAACAGGAAGUGAUCCAGAUUGACCAUUUCCUGAAGGAGACAGCUGCCCGUGAAGCCAACGCUAAAGUGCGUCUCCAGCAAUUCAUUGAGGAACUUCUGGACAGGGCCGACCGAGCUGAGAAGCAACUCCAGAUCAUCAGUAGCAGCUGCGGGACGACUCCCAACUGCAGCUUGGGGAGGUGCAGCGUGCCCGGAUCCAAAAGCACCGGAAGACCGAGAGACAGGCACUCCGUCCCUGGAGCAACAGCACACAGUUCCUAUGCCGUUUCCAACCAAAGGUCAUCUUCAAGCACUGGAGCCUCCAGCCGCGCCAAAGCCGUCUCACAGAGCUCAGGCUGCUAUGACAGUGACAGCCCCGAACUGUACCAAGGAGAGGAGACCACCGAUGGACCCUCCUACCAAGGUGGACAGAACCGAGGUCCAGAGAGUGGCUUUGAGAGGCCCGGAGGGGUGCGGGCAUCUGGCCUGCGCAGACAAGCCAUCCAGAACUGGCACCGCAGGCCUUACCGGAACAGCACAGAAGGCGAGGAAGGUGACAUCUCUGAUGUGGGCUCCAGGACAACCGAGUCAGAGGCUGAAAUGUGGGAGACAGAGCCCAGGGUCCCACCAGAAGUUCAGCAGGGGAACUCCUCCAGGCCUGGAAACAGCUCAAGACCGCAAGGCAGGUCCGACGGAGAGAAGGCUGUCAGGCCUGAGAGAGGCAGCCCAGCUCGCUCCAAUGAGGUCAUCAGCCCCGAGAUCCUCAAGAUGCGAGCCGCCCUCUUUUGCAUUUUCACAUACCUUGACACCAAGACGCUGCUUAGGGCUGCUGAGGUUUGCAAGGACUGGAAAUUUGUGGCGCGGCACCCUGCUGUGUGGACCCGGGUGCUGUUGGAGAAUGCCAGGGUGUCUUCUAAGUUCCUGGUCAUGCUGUCACAGUGGUGCACACAAACGCACUCCCUCACCCUCCAGAAUCUCAAGCCCCGGCAGAGGGGGAAGAAAGAAACCAAGGAGGAUUACAUGAAAAGCACACGGGGCUGCCUUGAAGCUGGGCUGGAGUCCUUGCUAAAGGCCACGGGGAGCAACCUCUUGAUCCUCCGCAUUUCUCACUGCCCCAACAUCUUGACAGACCGCUCCCUCUGGCUGGCCAGCUGCUAUUGCCGAGCCCUCCAGGCAGUCACCUACCGGAGUUCUACUGAUCCUGUGGGCCAUGAGGUCAUCUGGGCGUUGGGAGCAGGCUGUCGGGACAUCAUCUCCUUACAGGUUGCGCCAUUGCACCCUUGCCAGCAACCAACCCGCUUUAGCAACCGCUGUCUGCAGAUGAUUGGCCGAUGUUGGCCGCAUUUAAGAGCGCUGGGUGUCGGUGGAGCAGGCUGCGGCGUGCAAGGAUUGGCUUCCUUAGCCCGAAACUGCAUGCGUCUGCAAGUUCUGGAGCUGGACCAUGUGACGGAGGUUAACCAGGAGGUGGCAGCUGAGGUGUGCCGGGAAGGCUUGAAGGGGCUGGAGAUGCUGGUUCUGACGUCCACCCCUGUCACCCCCAAAGCCUUACUGCAUUUCAACAGUGUUUGCCGGAACCUGAAGUCCAUCGUGGUACAGGUUGGGAUUGCAGACUACUUUAAGGAACCAAACAGUACUGAGGCCAGGAAGAUGUUUGAGGAAAUGGUUAACAAACUCCAGGCCCUGAAGAAGAGGCCGGGCUUUUCAAAGAUUUUACACAUUAAGGUAGAAGCUGGCUGUUAA